CCCAACCAAACGCACCCUGAGUGUUUUCCUUUUACCUCUUCCCCUCUGCAAAGCCAAUACCGAUCUAUUCAUUUCAUUUCGAUAGAAAAGACAGAGAAAGAAGAAACAAUAUGUUACAAUGCAUAUUUCUCCUCUCAGAUUCCGGAGAAGUUAUGCUUGAGAAACAGCUCACUGGGCACCGCGUAGACCGCUCCAUCUGUGCUUGGUUUUGGGAACACGCCCUUUCUCAAGCUGAUUCCUCCAAGUUACAACCAGUAAUUGCUUCACCAACACAUUAUCUUUUCCAAGUUCUUCGAGAGGGGAUCACAUUUUUGGCGUGUAGCCAAGUUGAGAUGCCACCUCUGAUGGCUAUUGAGUUCCUGUGCAGGGUAGCUGAUGUCCUCUCUGAUUACCUAGGAGGCCUUAAUGAAGAUGUGAUAAAGGAUAACUUUGUCAUCGUAUACGAGCUUCUGGAUGAGAUGAUAGACAAUGGCUUCCCUCUCACUACAGAACCUAACAUCCUGAGAGAGAUGAUUGCUCCACCAAAUAUUGUUAGCAAGGUGUUGAGUGUUGUGACGGGUAACAGUUCCAAUGUGAGUGACACACUCCCAGGUGCAACAGCAUCUUGUGUUCCUUGGAGAACUACAGACACGAAAUAUGCUAACAAUGAAGUAUAUGUUGAUCUUGUUGAAGAGAUGGAUGCAAUUAUAAACAGGGAUGGGAUCCUGGUGAAGUGUGAGAUAUACGGUGAAGUUCAAGUAAAUUCUCAUCUUUCCGGUCUUCCUGACCUGACUCUGUCCUUUGCAAACCCUUCUAUUCUUGAUGAUGUAAGGUUCCAUCCAUGUGUUCGGUUUCGCCCAUGGGAAUCUGAUCAGAUUCUAUCAUUUGUGCCUCCUGAUGGACAGUUUAAGCUAAUGAGUUAUAGGGUUAGAAAGCUGAAGAGCACUCCAAUAUAUGUAAAGCCUCAGCUGACUUCAGAUGCUGGGACAUGUCGUAUUAGUGUGUUGGUUGGAAUACGAAACGAUCCAGGCAAAAUCAUUGACUCAGUAACUCUGGAUUUUCAACUGCCUCCUUGCGUUUUAUCAGCUGAUCUCUCCUCGAAUUGUGGAUCAGUGAACAUCCUUUCUAGUAAGAAGUGUUCUUGGUCAAUUGGCCGGAUUCCGAAAGAUAAAACCCCUUCAAUGUCUGGAACGCUAGUGCUUGAGACAGGAUUAGAGCGGCUGCAUGUAUUUCCCACUUUUGAAGUGGGUUUUAGGAUUAUGGGCAUCGCCCUUUCUGGUGUCAAAAUAGACAAAUUGGAUAUAAAGAAUCUACCUAAUAAACCUUACAAAGGUUUCCGGGCCCUCACACGUGCCGGAGAAUUUGAAGUCCGAGCAUAAUUCAUUGACAUGAGCUUCAUUUUUCUGAUGAUGCUUGGAUCGAAGAUUUGUUGUCAUGUGGGAAUGUCACCACAAAUAGUGCAUUUUGUUUUUUCUCUUAUUAAGCGGGAAUUCUAUUUGUUUGUUGUUCAAAGCGCUUUUUGUUUAGAGGUGAAUUGGUAUUCUGUUGUCGAGGCAAAAAAGAAAGAAGCUAAAUGUAUUUAGAGACUGCAGCUAGAAUUUUCAUUAUCAUGGUGUAAAAUCUCAGCAAUUUGUUAUAUUUGUUUGGAACGUGAAGCUUACAGAAAUAGUUGGUUUCUUCCUCUUGCUUGAUACAUCAUUUCUAAUCCAGUUUUUUCAUUCAGAAAGACAGUUUACGU